GUUUUAUUUGACUUAUUUCUUCUUUCAUGAGAUAUUGCUUUUAGUUUACCUGAAGUAAAACAAAACAUGUUUAGGGAUAAGUGGCAUUGGAACGUCUCUUCUGCUGCCUCCUGCUUCUACUUCGCUGAGCGGCUCAGUGCAGUGCGACGCAAAGUCUAACGUGAGUUCAGUGAUUCCACUUAGCGUUCAGACGACCAGCGUUCCGGUACAGAUUCCGGUAGUGAGUCCAAGCGGCCAAGCAACGAUGCAGACCGUGCAGAUACCGUGGCAACAGCUGAUUAGCCUCGGCGGUCCAACCAUGCUGACGCCAACGUCAACGUCCGUAACGUCGUCGAUCGCCGGAACUUGUUCACUGCAGCAACAGCAGUCUAGCAAUCUUUUCGUUAUGAAUAAGGCGGAAACGACAGAACGAGACAAGGACAAUGACAAUAUGAGUAAGAUGUUACCUCAGACGCUGAUUCUGAAACCUAGCACUACAGCCACUGGUUUGGGUGCAAGUACCAAGCAACCGGUGCUGCUGCCGAAAAUUCAGAACAGCUCGUCGUUUUUCAUGUCUAACGGCACCGUGUCGUCUUGUUCAAAGGCGACGGCCACGGCACCGCUGAUGGUACAGACAUUACAAACUGUGGUCGGUUCGAUGCCUUCCAAACAGAUCCUGCUGUCCACCAACCAACCAGUUUACACGCAUUGCGUGCAGUCCCAGCAGCAGAGUACCAUCUACUAC